AUGAAGCUAUAUGACGCGCCAGCAUCCAACCCGAUGGUAAUUCGCCUCUUCGUACUCGAGAGAGGUGGAAUAAGCCUUGACGUUGCGACCAUCGACGUCAUGAACAUGGAGAAUAGAGGCCUUGAAUAUCGAAAGAUCAACCCCCGAGGGGAGGUUCCCGCGCUCGUUCUUGAUAAUGGUUUUAUUUUAACUGAAGUCACCGCCAUCUGCGAGUAUCUCGAUGAGAUAGCACAAGGCGGGAAGUCACUCUUCGGUGAAUCACCCAUUGAACGUGCCGAAACGCGCAUGUGGCUGAGACGAAUGGACCUAGAAAUCGUACAGCCUGUCAUCUCGUGGGUUCGCAACGAUCCGGGCACUGCGGACUUUUACAUAGGACAUCGGAUUCCUAUCCCCGAGGCGAGAUUGGCACAGAAGGUCACUAUUCAGCAGUAUCUGAACCUGUUGGAUGAGCAGUUGGAAGGAAAGAAGUAUCUUUGCGGUGAGAGGUUCUCGGUAGCGGAUAUUCACUUCUACAGUCUGAUGAAGGGAAAGACCACUGGUAUGGCACCAUGGAUACUUCAUCCGGGGAGGAAGAAUGCCGUUAGAUAUUUCGAGAGGAUGGAUGCUAGGGUGGCUAGCAAGAAGGCUUUGGAGGUCUUUGGAGCUAGAGUUGAAGCUUAA